AUGGCGGCGGAAAUACCGAAGACUAUGGAGGGUGUAGUGAUCAAUAAGACCGGCGGGACAGAAGUCCUGGAGUACAAAACCGAUUUACCGGUUCCAACGCCUGGAGAAGGUCAAAUCCUGGUGAAGAAUGAGUUUACUGGAAUAAAUUACAUUGAUACAUACUUCCGCACAGGUUUAUACCCAGUUCCGACCGGCUUCCCCUACAUUCUCGGCCGCGAAUCCUCUGGAAUCGUACAGGCUAUAGGUAGCGGAAAUACGUACGGAUUCUCAGUCGGCGAUAGGGUUGUCUACUUGAAUCAACAUACGUACGCCCAGUACACGGCAGCUGACGCGAGGAUGGCGUAUAAGCUGCCCAACGAGAUCUCCAACGAGCUCGCUACAGCGGCGAUGCUGCAGGGUCUGACUGCUCUGACCAUGAUUCGAGAGUCUCAUCCCGUCAAGAAAGGCGAGUGGAUUCUUGUGCACGCUGCGGCCGGGGGUGUAGGUUUGCUGCUUGUGCAGAUGCUCAAGGCGGUAGGCGCGAAGCUUAUUGCAACAUGUAGCACCAGCAAGCUAGAUCAAGUGAGAAAGUACAAUCCUGACGUCCUGAUCGAUUAUACAACCGAGGACUGGGUUGCAAAAGUUAAGGAGGCUACCGGUGGCGCCGGUGUGGCAGCUGUGUUCGAUGGCGUCGGCAAGGCCACAUUUGACGGCAGUCUGGAGUCUCUAGCUCGCAAAGGCACGAUGGUCAGCUUCGGAAACGCCAGUGGAGCUGUGCCACCCUUUACUAUUGCACGGCUCUCGCCAAAAAAUCUGAAGCUUCUGAGGCCGAUGCUGUUCGCCUAUCUGGCCACCCGAGAAGAAUUCGACGCGUACGCCAAAGAGCUGUUCGAGCAGUUCAUCUUGAAAGAUAAGAUGGACGUAAAGAUUCACGACAUAUAUCCGCUGAAGGAGGUUGCUAGAGCACACGAGGAUAUCCAGAGCAGGAAAACGAGCGGGAAGCUGUUGCUCAGGAUAUAA